UGUUGAAUUGUAUCGCUCCGCCUCCUUUAAAGCGUUGACUCGUAAGAAAUAGAAAAACUCAGAGACAACAUUUUUCUGUUCAAGCGAUUUUUAUCAAAUGAGGGAAGUUUAAGACGGGGCUCACUCUACUUUCUGUAGUACCAAGGUUUAUUUUGAUAGAAACGUGGGAGUGAAAGUGAGCUCACUCGGUCUGACGACUGUUGUUUCUGUUAACACGUGGAUUCAUUCCCACCCAGGAAACGGCCUUUUUAAUGUAAUUUUUUUUUUUUUACAAAGCUGUUGAAGUUAACGACAAAACGAGAAAAAAAAGAAUAUGGACUACCUGCCAGACAACAACUCCAGGUACAAAGACGUCGCCUACUGGGAUGAAAGAUACACGACGGAGCAGUGCUAUGACUGGUUGGGGGGUUUCGCCAAAUUCCAGCACAUUCUGGAAAAAUUUGUAAAGAAAGAGGACUCUAUACUGAUACUGGGUUGCGGAAACAGCAGUAUGAGUGGUGACAUGUAUAGCGCUGGCUAUCAUACUAUCACCAACAUAGAUUAUUCAUCUGUGUGCAUCAGGACAAUGAGCGCCAGGUACAGUCACUGCCCAGGUAUGACAUGGCAUCAGAUGGACGUGCGUCAGCUCUCCUUCCCGGAUUCCUCCUUUGAUGUCAUACUAGAGAAGGCCACCCUGGAUGCCAUCAUGGUGAAUGAGAAAACGCCUUGGGAGGUUUCACCUCAAACUGCUUGUUCCAUUCACCAAGCACUCACAGAGAUCAGCCGCUGCCUGAAACCUGGAGGUCGGUUUGUCUCUGUUACCUUCGCCCAGCCUUUUUUCAGGAAACGGCUCUAUGCCCGUACGGAAUAUAAAUGGUCCAUCAAACACCAAAGUUAUGGAGAAGGCUUUGAAUAUUUUGUGUAUGUCAUGACCAAAGGGGAGACGCUCAGCCCGGAAGAUGCAGCUCUGGAGAAAAAGCUGCUGAAGGGCACAGAAUCUCCACCAACCAGAAUUACUACAAUAACAAAUGAUGAUAAGGAAGACUUCCUGUCUAAUAUUGACCUGUAGGGUGACUCUGAUAUAUAGAUUGCCUUUAAAAGUAAUCUUUAUAUUGUGAUUUUUUUGCAACGGGAAACUGUUAACCAAAUUUCUGCCUUACUGUUUUUAUGUAUUUAUUAAGAAUUUGUAAGGAGUAACUAUUUUAUACUGUUUGACAUACUAGAUAUUAGUUUUAAAACGUUUUAUCAAGAUACCGAUACAUAUUUGGAUAAAUGUUCUGCAAAUGUAAUUAAGAUGUUGUAAAGAUAAGAGAACUGCUGUAUAAAUGGAAAUUGAAAUCCAUAUUUUAUCUAAAUGUUUGAGACAAAAUCCUGGGUCUGACCAGAUGUAUUCACAAUAGUUUAAUAGACAAAUGUGUGCCUUUUGUCAUUUUGAAAACAUGAUUAACAAAUGUUACUCUUAAUAAAUUUCUCAUUUGUAAAGAAAAAAAA